AUGGGAAGUGGACGCGGACGGGACGGUACCAUUCAAUUCGUUGCCAGGAACCGGCUCUUCUCAUCGGCUCGUCUCAUCCGGAAACCUGGGCUAGGCACGGCCUACGUGGUGUGGAAUACACAAUCGAGAAUAGAAGACACGAAGAAGAAGAGGGCCGAACGCGAGGAAACAACCACCCAGUCGACCAAGCAAGCCAUGCUGGACUCUUGGUUCAAUGGCGCGCGCAAUCUCCCCCAACACGCCCACGAAGCCAACAUCUCUCGAAUUAGCAUCAACAUAUCUGGCACCAACCACACGUCUCGGGCUGCGCACACAUUCACUUUGUACAGCAAGUUCGUGAUGACGGCAACGAGCGUCGACUUUGACAUCGAACCAUCAAUGCUAUCAGCCGGGCUCUGGGAAAAUCCAUUCCUCUUUAGGUCACGCACACUCUGGUUCUCUAUCGAAAGCGUUGGUGCCCCACACCGCGCCGCCCUCAUGCUUGCAAUGGAAUCGCUCAAGUCUGCUGAGCGCGUUCGCUGCGCGAUCCGCCCGCGCUUGUAUCCGCACCUUGCAGUUGGUCCCUCGGAAAGCCGCCUAAGGACUGAGGGCCCCGUUACGGACCCCUCUGUAUGGAUCCAUGGAUCUCUGUGCCCUUUUGUCGGUUCCUCUCUUCCACUAUUUUCUGGAUACCAGACUAGGCAUUUUGCUUGCUACUCUGAGGGUCGAGACUGCCUCUACUGGCCUUUCUCUCUACCGUCGCUUGUAUCUUUUCAGAAUACUAUGUUGAGACGAUGCCAUGCAAAGUGGAUAGGAUAUGCAGGCACAUCGGUCCGCAGUCCGCGCUCCAUAACAGCCAGUGGCAACACCAUGGUGCAAACAUUGGGACAUUUCUCGCCCGCGGCCCCGUAUGGCCCUGAUGGGGCAUAUUGGGGGCUUACCCAAGUGCGAGGCUCGACCAACAACAGUGGCAAGGGAAUGCUGAUGGUGCCUAUCGUGAGCCAGCCGUACCACGGGCAGAUAGGAGGGCUCCUCUUUACUCGCUGA